UCCAUUUUUAUCUGUUAGAGCAGUUUGGUGGGUGCCAAGUCAAAGCCAGGGGCAGCUUCACUAUCAAGGACUCCAUCCACCACCUCCAUCUCUCACACUGUUUCAUUUCACUUUCAUUUCAGGCCUACCGUACUAUGUUUAUCUCCUCUUAAUGACUUUUUUCAUUAGAAUCUUAUAUCCAUUGGCCAAUUUGUUGCAAGCCUUGUGACUGCGUUGAAGGAUCUGAUAUAGACCAUCUGGAAGAGCUCCUAAGGACAUAGAUCCUGGACAGAGAGACAAUGGUUGGAGGCAAAGGUGCCAAAGGUCUUCUCAGUGGGAAAUCCUCUUCCUCUGCAUCUGCAAUUGCUACUAAUAAUACUACUAAUAAUGACAAGGCUGAUAAGAAGAAGCCCAUCUCUCGGUCAUCUCGUGCAGGCCUCCAGUUUCCUGUUGGGCGUAUCCACCGGCUGUUGAAAUCUCGAGUGUCUGCAAAUGGGAGGGUGGGGGCAACAGCAGCAGUAUAUUCAGCUGCCAUAUUGGAGUAUUUGACUGCAGAAGUGCUGGAAUUGGCAGGAAAUGCAAGUAAAGAUCUCAAGCUGAAGCGUAUCACUCCAAGGCACCUGCAGCUUGCUAUUCGUGGGGAUGAAGAGCUUGACACUCUGAUCAAGGGAACCAUUGCUGGCGGCGGUGUCAUCCCUCACAUUCAUAAGUCUCUUAUUAACAAGUCUACCAAGAAAGACUAGCCUUUUCUACUUGGGGUAGUGAGGAACAUCUCAUAUAGGACGUAAGUAAAGUGAUAAAGGGUUUUCUCUGAAUGUGCUUAUUUAAGUGACAGUGAAAUCAGCAAUCAUAGUUCCUGAAAUCACACAGCCUAUCUCAGGUGGUAUAACUAAAUAUAGCCACAAGUUAAAAUUUUCCCUUAAAGCUGUGAAUUGGUCAACAGACAAAUGUACUAUUCUAAAAAUCUUGACUCUAAUCUAAAUCUGCCAGAAAGAACUUUAGAUGAUC